AUGAAUUCGGCGGAACAGACGGUUACAUGGUUGAUUACGCUCGGGGUGCUGGAAUCGCCAAAGAAGACCAUCUCAGAUCCUGAAGCAUUUCUGCAGACCUCCCUGAAGGAUGGGGUGGUCUUGUGUAGACUCCUGGAGCGGCUCAGCCCGGGGUCCACGGAGAAGGUUUACCAAGAACCGAAGAACGACGGCGAGUGCCUGAGCAACAUAAAAGAGUUUCUGAAGGGCUGCACGGCUUUCCGCGUCGAGCCAUUCGAGGCCAGUGACCUGCUGCUGGGACUGAACUUCUCCAAAGUGCUCAGCAGUUUGGUUACUCUGAAUAAAGUGACUGCAGAUAUCGGUGUGGGCAGCGAUUCGGUGUGCGCCCGACACUCUUCAGCCCACCGCAUCAAGUCGUUCGAGUCGCUGUCCUCUCAGGCUUCACUGGGCCGAUCCUCCAAGCUGCUGCAGAACCAGUUUCGCAGCCUGGACAUGUCAGAGAACAGCGGACAGCAGCUGCUGGUGAAGGCGCGUUUCAACUUCCAGCAGACCAACGAGGAUGAGCUCACCUUUGCUAAGGGCGAUUUCAUCAGCGUAACUCGUCAGGAGGAGGGCGGCUGGUGGGAAGGGACGCUUAAUGGCAAGACUGGCUGGUUUCCUAGCAACUAUGUGCGUGAGGUCAAGGGCUCCGACAAACAAGUGUCCCCCAAGUCUGGCACCCUUAAGAGCCCACCUAAAGGCUUUGACACAUCUGCAAUCAGCAAGACGUACUAUAAUUUGGUGUUACAGAACAUUUUAGAAACCGAGACUGAAUAUUCCAAGGACCUUCAGAGUCUCCUGAUGAACUACCUGCGACCUCUUCAGAAUAUUGAAAAACUGAGCAGCUCAGAUGUGGCUCUGAUUCUGGGAAACCUGGAAGAGAUCAGCACCUUCCAGCAGAUGCUCGUCCAAUCACUGGAGGAGUGCACCAAGCUUCCAGAAAGCCAACAAAGGGUGGGCAGCUUCUUCCUUAAGCACAUGCCACAGAUGAAGGCUCUCUAUGUUGGUUACUGCUCGAACCAUCCCUCUGCAGUUAAUGUACUCACCCAAUACGGUGAAGUAUUGGGAGAGUUUAUGGAAGGGCGCGGUGCUGUCAGUCCCGGGAUCCUCACCCUGACCACAGGCCUCAGUAAACCCUUUAUGAGACUGGACAAAUACCCCACACUACUUAAAGAGCUCGAGAGACACAUGGAGGAGAAUCACCCAGACAGACCAGACAUCCAGAAGUGCAUGACGUCUUUCAAAAGUCUGUCGGCUCAGUGCCAGGAGGUGCGGAAACGAAAGGAGCUGGAGCUGCAGAUUCUUACAGAAUCCAUCCGGCUGUGGGAGGGGGAUGACAUCAAAACCUUAGGCUCUGUGAUCUACAUGAGCCAGGUCUUGGUCCAGAGUCAGCUGUCAGAGGAGAAAAAUGAGCGUUACCUCAUGCUCUUCCCCCACAUCCUCCUCAUGCUGUCUGCCAGCCCCAGGAUGAGUGGCUUCAUAUUCCAGGGAAAAUUGCCCCUGGCAGGCAUGGCAGUAACCCAACUAGAAGACUGUGAAGCCCAUAAAAAUGCUUUCGAGCUCAAUGGCACAAUGUUUGACCGUCUCCUGGUGAUCUGCACCAACCAGCAGGACCUGCAGGACUGGGUGGAACACCUGACCAGACAAAUCAAACACACUGCAGCCACAGCGCCCAGCCACAAACCACUCACUGUUCCCUGCCACACGCUCCCAUCUCACCCUCUCACCCCAUCCCGACAUGCUGAGAACAGGGCUUUGACAGUGGCUCCUACCUACCACACCCUGCCUCACCCAUCCUCCCAUGGGACACCUCACAACACCAUGAUGUGGGGCCCACUGGAACCACCAAAUACCCCCAAACCAUGGAGCCUGAGCUGCCUGCGACCUGCACCCCCGCUACGGCCCUCUGCCGCCCUCUGUUACAAGGAGGAUCUUAGUAAAAGUCCUAAGAGUGUGAAGAAACUUCUUCCCAAGCGCAAACCUGAGCGGAAACAGUCGGAAGAGGAAUUUGCCUUGAGGAAGAGCACAGCUGCUCUGGAAGAAGACGCCCAAAUCCUGAAAGUUAUCGAGGCAUACUGCACCAGCGCCAAAACCAGGCAGACUCUUAACUCUACCUGGCAGGGCACCGACCUGAUGCACAACCACGUGCUGGCCGACGUGGACCAGUCCUGCGUGGACUCGCCGGGCCGCCGUAGCAGCGUGUCCCGGCCAGAACUGACCUCUGACCUUUCGGAGGACUCAGACUAUGACUCCAUCUGGACCACCCACAGUUACAGAAUGGGCUCAGUGCCACGCAAGAGCUGCAUCUCUCACCAGAACUGAAGACCGUACAGUACUGCCAAGCUGUGCUGUGAAGUGAAGUACAGCCCGCUUACCUCUUUUCUCUUCAAUGUGUUUGGAAAAAAAAAAGAUUUUUUUUUAAUUUAUCUAUUUAUUUUCUAUUAUGAUUUUUUAAUUUUUGUGUUAACUUAUUUGUUUUAUUUAUUUUUCGACAGUUUGUUUGAAGAUGUUUCAGGCAUCUCCCUGUUGCCUUUGCCAUUUCCCCUUUUAUGUGCCUCCUCUCUUUCUGUAGUUGUCAUGCAGUAGGUGUUUGAUAAUUUAUUGUUAAUUUAUCUUGAAUGUGACCACUCCCCUUGUUUGAACAUAAAUGGGGUAAGCUCUCAGGAGAGAGUACAGGGAUUUCAGAGUGGAAUAUGUGGGAGGGAGACCCAGGGGUGGGAGAAAUGGGGACUGAGCUUUUCCUGUCUGAUAUUCAGAUGUAUUUCAGGAACGACUGUAUUCUAUUUACCAUGUACUACUCCUCUCCAGUAUGUGUUUCUAGAGUAUGUAUGCUGAAACAUAGCACAGAUGCUACACAGGUACAGGCACAUAUCCCCCUGCUGUCUGAAAAUAUAACGGCAUGCAAAUGCAAUAUCCAAAUUAUCGACGUUUAAUAGAAUUUUCAGAACAUGAAGUUAUACCCGUGUUGCAAACCCGUGACAGCAUGAAAUUUAACAUUCCAGAUAGCUGUUGUGUGUUCAGUCCAAACUGAAUAUUCAGUGGUUUAAUUAAAUAUUCAGCGCCUAAUAGUUUGUCAAAUUCAGUCCAUUUUUUUGUCCUUUGUCCAUAGCUGCUACAGAAAGAGGAGAUUAUCACAUACUCUUCACUCUCUGAGUAAGGUGUUACUAAUUUGAUUAAAGUCAUUCUACCAAGACUGAUAAAUAAUAAGGUUCUGACUGCCUAAAUGACCAAAAAACUCCAUUUCAGACUUGCCUAUAGUAGUAUGCAGAUGUACAGAUAGUUUUAGUACUUCUCUUGUGACCAUUGCGAAUAUAAUUCUAGCUCUAUGGUAUCAGGUGGGGGGGCAGACUGUCUGCAGGACUACAUACCACCGCUGGCAUUAAGUAAUUGGAUAUCAUUUGUUUUCCUUUGAUUUUUUUUUUUUUUUAAAGUGAAGAAGUGACUCUUAUUACUGUUCCUUUUGAUAGUUUACUCCUAGUGUAGUCCCUAAGGCAUCAUCCUCAGCCUGAUCUUAAGGGUCCCCAGUUUUCUCUUAAAUAUACAGUUUCAACUUUGAAAUACAAGUCAAAAUCUCAGGCUUCAGGAUUCAGAGUGCUCUAAAAGCUUAGUCAUUUGUUCUCUUUUCGUGAUACAUAACGACACGUCGAGAUGUAUGACGAUAAAGAGAGGGGUCUUCUUGAUACAUCUUCUGUUUGUAAAGACAGCCAAUAAGGAGAAAUCUGGCGGCUUAAAAGGGAGAGGAGCUAAAAUAACUUGGAUUAAAGUCAAGACCACACAAAGGAGCAGUAUAAGCUAAAUAAGGAUUAUUAUGAGCAAUAAUCAUGCAAAGACACUCUAGUAGAGUCAAGGAAUAAGAAUAGGAGUUUAAUUGGUCCCUUUAAUCUCUAGUAAUGUUUCUGUCCGUAUCACAGGGUUGCAUUUAUAUAAUGGUUUAAUACUCAAGUUAAUGAAUUAUUGAAAUGAAAAGUUUCAUAUAAAACAGGCGAAGGGUGUCAGUCUGUGAGCUACAAGCUAAAACGGCUACAAUCCUAUAGCAGAAAUUGAACGCCUUCGUUUGAUGGGGGAUAUGUGUCCCAUACGUUAAAGAAACAGCUUACCAUUUGGGGAAAUGCACUCACUACAUUUCUUGCCAAGUUCUGUGUGAAGAGUGAUAACACCCUCAUUCAGUAUGACUCUGAAGCUUAGCAUAAAGGACGAGAAGAGCUAGUCUGCCUCUGUCUAACGGUAAUAAAUCCAACAGCUAGGACCUUUUUAAACGUCACCAUUUUAAUAAACAAAAUUCAGCAGGUUAAUUUUAGCGCACUAACGAGUGCUUGUUGACUGACAGAACUAGUUUUUUGUUGUUGUUGUUGUUGUUUUUUAAGUUUUGCUAGGUUUGGCUAAACAUGUUGCAACUCCAGCUCCAGCUCUAACCCUGCAAGCAUGAAUUGAUAUCAGUCUUCUUAUGUCACUCAUCCAUGGGAAGAAGCAUUUACUUGCGUCUAACUUUAAGUCAUGAAUUUGCGUUAUGUGCCAGGAGAACAGCUUGUCAGCCAUGUUUACUAGCUUUCAACGUCAACUAGCUCGACAGGCUUCUCAGACAGGAGAGGAUGGUUAUAAAGUCACCGAUGAAACUAAUAACUCUGGGUGUAGCUCUUGUUGUAUGCUCUGACAAUUUGAACCACAGAAAAAUGUUCAAUGCCAUUUGAAAACAUCACCCCUUUUCUUUCUUUCUUUCUUUUUUGUUGCAACAAACUAGCACCUAUGCUGUGGCCUCAUUACCGAGACUUGCCUUCGCGUCGUCCGGCUUGUGAGGCUUCCCAUACUAUCUAGCGUUAAUGACUAUUUUUAUGAAGAAGUAUUUUUCCAGUCUUGGAUAUUAAAAGUACAGGCUGACAUCCUCUUACAGUAAGCAAUGUAAGUGACAUAGAAUAUAUUGGUCCAUGUUACAGUUUGAACUGCUCUUUUUUUUCUUCUUCUUCUUGUAUUUAUUAUUUGGUAUAAAUGCUCCUUUUUAAAAAAAUUAUUUAUAUUUUAUUCUGUAUGCCGAUGUUUACAAAAUGAUCCCUGGAAGAAUCUUUUUUUUUUCUUUUUGAAAUUUUCUCGGUCUGUAUCAACGUUUACACAGAAUUUAUGACAUGAAGUGUUUGAGUUCUUUUGCACAAUCAUGUAACAGGCCAGUGGGUGGGUUGAGGGAUAGAAUCUGUUCAAAUUCUGUACUUUUUGUCGUCUGCCUAGAGUGUGUAUGAUAUAAUCCUAAAGGUAGACUUAAGUAUUCAGUGUUACUGUAAAGUAAAUGCUCAUUCGUAGUGUAAAUGCUCACCCUCUGUGUUUUGAUAGCAUUGAGGGUUUAAAAAGAAAAAAAAAAAGCAAGAGAGAGAGAGAUCAUGAUUAUACAGGAACAUUUCUAUGUGAACUACUCGUUCAGCUCACAAUACUGUCAGAGUGGACUUGAAAUAUAAAGAGCACAUAAUGACCCUUUCUGUAAAUACUAGUUGUCUUGGAGCAAGGAAAAAAAAAUCCAUUCAAUCUUCUAUGAGUAUUUGAGCUAAGAAUAUCACUGUCCUUAUAUCAUGUGCUAUAUUUUGUGACAGGUGUAUUCUGUGGUUUUAAACUAAGUCGAACUGUGGGACAGGCAGGGUGACGAGACUAACUGUCUUUAGCCAACAUUGUCCUCUGUGUGCUCAAAUGUUGUAUUCAGUUCACACACGUGGCCAUGUCUUAUCUGCAAACGGCGCCUUCGGUGUAUUUGUUCUACACUGCUGAAGUGUUCAAGUCCCAAACGCUGUAUUCUGAGUUUUGAAUAAAUCUGUCAUUUGGUAGACGUUGGCAUUCAUGUGACUUUGUUUUUGCAGAACAAGUAUGUGGUUUCAUUUGGGAGAGAUGGUGAAGUCUUUGUUAGUUUCAAAUGACCAAGAAGCUGUAUGACGAAUGGUCAAAUGACUUUGUUUUUUUGUCUCCGCUUUGCUUUCACUAUCCUCUGUGUCUUCUGUCUGAAAACCGGUCUGUGCAUGACUAACACACAACUACAACCAGCUGUGCGUGUUCGUGUCUCUUGGAUGCUGUGUGUCAUUCCAAUAAAAUUCCGAUUUUGGUCUUAAAAAA